AUGGCCUAAGAGCAUCAUUAUCCCAAAGACCCAUUUAAGGUCUCUUAUUUUUUUUUUAAUACUUUUAAGUAGUAAAAGUGAAUUAAGAGAUUUAGUUAAGAGACUUGAACAUUUAUAUGCUCCAAUGCAAGUCUCUUAAUUAAGGUUUCUUAAAAGUUAAAACUAUUUUCACUGAAACUUAAAUGUAUUUUAAAAUCAAGUUUUUUUUAUCAAACUACUUUCAUUGAAAUAUAGAAGAGUUCAACUCCAUCAAUGGAAGAUACAGAGAUGAGCGGCGUUAGGGUUUCGGCGAUUGGCGAAACUAGGGUUUCAGAGUCAGGAGAUCGAGAUGCGACCAUGAUGGAUGUGGGAGAGAGAGCAAGACCACCAGGGGAUCCACCAGACUGCGUGCCCUCGUAUGCAUCCAAGGUAGCGGGGACGAGUGAGGGAGGGAUGCCGGUUCCGGAGAAACUGAUCGAUGAUGACUUUAUUACGGAGAGACUUCGAGUGGAGUUCCCUAAUGGAGAAGAUGGUGAACCGUCUAUCACGAUUGAGACAGAGGUGCUGGAAGCGAUGAAUGGGAUGUGGAAACAGUGCAUGAUCGUUAGGGUUCUGGGAAGGAGUGUUGCGAUAUCUGCCUUGAGUAGGAAGUUACGAGAGUUAUGGAAUCCGAAGGGAGCAAUGUACGUCAUGGACUUGCCUCGGCAGUUUUUCAUGGUCUGUUUCGAAAAGGAGGAUGAAUAUAUGGCAGCGCUGACAGGAGGUCCAUGGAGAGUUUUCGGUAGUUAUCUCAUGGUGAGGGCUUGGUCACCAGAAUUUGAUCCCUUAAGAGAUGACAUUGCUACAACGCCGGUCUGGGUUAGACUAAAAAAUAUCCCAGUGAACUUCUAUCACCGGUCGAUCCUGAUGGGGAUUGCUAAGGGUUUGGGGAAGCCAGUUCGGGUAGACAUAACCACACUGAACUUUGAGAGAGCAAGAUUUGCAAGAAUUUGUGUCGAAGUCAACUUAGCAAAGCCAUUGAAAGGGACAGUGCUGAUUAAUGGUGAGAGAUACUUUGUAGCGUAUGAAGGGCUAUCUGAAAUAUGUUCUAAAUGUGGAAUAUACGGACAUCUAGUCCAUGGGUGUCCAAAAACUAUUGCGGAGAGAGUGGCUAAUAUGGCAUUACAGACGGAGACGUCAGUACUCCCUACAUCGGUACCUAAACAAAUCUCUCCGCAGGAGGAUGGGUUUACUCAAGUAAAGGGAGUGAGAAGAGGAACGCAAGUGUCGAGGCAGGUGGGUAUUGUGAUACGAGAACCAGGUGAGGUAACUAAGCAGAGCCUUCAUGAGACCUCUAAUAUCAAGGAGACCGCGAAUAUUGCACUGUCGAACAAGUAUAGCAGCCUUGAGAUGACUAUGAAUGUGGAUGGAGCAAAGGAGGAUAUGGUUACUGGUGAAGGGAAUAAGGAGAAUCAGGACAUGAAUAUUCAGAACAGGAAAGGUAAAGGUUUCUCGCAAGUGAAAGAAGGUUUGAUCUUUGGCGGGAAAGCUAGUACUUCAACUAGUUCACAAGGAGCGCAUAAGGAGAAGUGGGCCGCUAACAGAAAAUUGAUUGAGGGUAGUAGAGGAAAGCCCAAGAAAGUGAACAAUAGGCCUGUUCGAGGGCUGGUGUUUGGGCCGACAAAGGGAGAAAUUAGCCUAUCAGAAUCUGGAAAGAGACUGAGAGUGGAAAAUACUACGACAGGGAGAGCUGGGGGUGUGUUCAAAAAUAGCGUGGAGAAUGGUCAGACUAGAUCUAAAACUCUGCUACUGCGUGAUGAAGAGGUGGAUAAUCCCAUGGAGAGUACUAUCAGCGUGGCGGAACAAAAAAUGGCUGAUACACAGACGAACCUGCAGGGAGAUGGAGGGAUCUUCUCUCUUAAGUUCAAUACUGACGUCCUGGCGCUAUUCGAAACUCAUGCGGGUGGAGAAAAAGCGAGAAAGAUAUGUCAGAAUUUGGGAUUUGAUAAUUCUUUUCGGGUUGAUGCCACUGGUCAAAGUGGUGGAAUUUGGCUAUUGUGGAGAGAUCAGGCGGGAGCUCUUACGGUAUUGGAAUCGUCGGAUCAGUUUGUUCAUGCUAGGGUGGUGAUUGGGACGGAGGGCAUUCAUCUCCUCGCUGUUUACGCUGCUCCUACAGUAAGUCGUCGUAGUGGGCUUUGGGGGCAGCUUAAAAGAGUAGUGGAGAAUAUUGAUGAACCGGUGUUGGUUGGUGGAGACUUUAAUACUAUCUUGAGAUUGGAUGAAAGAACUGGAGGUAAUGGUAGGCUUUCACCAGAUUCUCUGACAUUUGGGGAAUGGAUUAAUGAGCUUGCAUUGGUGGACAUGGGAUUUAAGGGGAAUAAAUUCACAUGGAAAAGAGGAAAGGAGACGCAGAACUUUGUGGCGAAGCGUUUGGAUAGGGUCUUAUGUAAUGCCCAUGCGCGAGUAAGGUGGCAGGAGGCAGCGGUUUCACAUCUCCCGUUCCUGGCAUCAGACCACGCACCACUCUACCUGCAGCUAGAACCUGAGCAGAGGGGGAACCCGAAGAGGCGACCGUUUAGGUUUGAAGCCGCGUGGUUCAAGCAUGAAGGCUUUAAAGAGCUACUCUCGACAUCUUGGAAUGGUGAACUGAGUACUCCGGAGGCAUUGGUAUCUCUAAAAUCCAAACUUAAAAAAUGGAAUAAGGAGAUAUUUGGAGAUGUUAUUCAACGAAAAGAAAAGCUUUUAGGAGAUAUUAAAGAGAUUCAGGAGCAGUUGGAGAGAAAUCCAUGUGAUGAUUUACUCUUGAAGGAAGCGGUAUUGCAGAAAGAGUUUGAUGUGGUCCUCGAGCAGGAGGAGGUUUUGUGGUAUCAAAAAUCGCGUGAAAAAUGGAUAGUCCUGGGCGACAGGAACACAAAGUACUAUCACACAACUACAAUAGUACGGCGGAAGAGAAAUAAGAUAGAGAUGCUAAAGGAUGAGGAUGGCCGCUGGGUGGAUCAGUCCGAGGAACUGGAAAAGCUAGCUACAAAAUAUUAUAAGAGACUGUAUUCGACUGAGGACCUCAAUCUUGUUACAGAGAAGCUCCCUCAGCAAGGCUUCACUGAUUUUACACGGGAGGAGUUGGUGAGUUUGAAUAAACAGUUCUCGGGAGUAGAUGUGGAGAGGUCUGUGAGAUCGAUGGGUAAAUACAAGGCCCCAGGGCCGGAUGGCUACCAACCUAUCUUUUACCAAGAAUCCUGGGACGUGGUGGGUGAGUCUGUGACUAGAUUUGGGCUGAAGUUUUUUGAAACGGGAAUUCUCGCAGAGGGCAUGAAUGAUGCCAUGCUGGUUCUUAUACCGAAGGUCCUCAAGCCAGAAAAAAUUAUGCAGUUCCGGCCUAUAAGCUUAUGCAAUGUUCUUUUCAAGAUCAUAACAAAGAUGAUGGUGCUGAGACUGAAGCAUCUGAUGCCUAAACUUAUAGGACCUGCGCAAGCAAGCUUUAUUCCUGGUCGUCUGAGUCAGGAUAAUAUUGUAAUCGUCCAGGAAGCAGUUCACUCAAUGAGGAGGAAGAAAGGGCGAAGAGGCUGGAUGCUUCUUAAACUGGAUCUUGAGAAGGCUUAUGACAGAAUCAGGUGGGAUUUCUUGGAAGAUACUCUCAAUGCAGCACACCUACCUCAGAUUUGGAUUAAAUGGAUCAUGGAAUGUGUUACGAAUCCUGGAAUGAGCCUGUUGUGGAAUGGAGAAAGGACAGAAUCAUUUACGCCUCAGCGUGGACUCCGACAAGGUGAUCCCCUAUCCCCAUACCUAUUUGUGUUAUGCAUGGAGAGACUGUGCCAUCAGAUUGAGUUCGCAGUAGCUAAUAAGGAGUGGAAGCCGAUCAGAUUAUCUAGGGGUGGACCAUCUUUAUCUCAUGUUUGUUUCGCAGAUGAUCUGAUCAUAUUUGCAGAGGCUUCGAUAGCGCAGAUUCGAGUAAUACGCAAGGUCCUAGAGAGGUUUUGUGGGGCUUCGGGGCAGAAAGUUAAUCUGGAAAAAUCUGUAAUCUUUUUCUCUGAGAAUAUUCACCGGGAUCUAGCCAAUUCGAUAAGCAAUGAGAGUGGUAUCAAAGGAACGAAGGAAUUGGGUAAGUACCUUGGUAUGCCAGUUCUCCAGAAAAGAAUUAAUAAGGAGACGUUUGGGGAAGUGAUUGAGAAGAUUUCAUCUAAGCUCGCUGGAUGGAAGAGUAGAUUUUUGAGUUUGGCAGGAAGGAUAACGCUCACCAAAUCUGUUCUCACAUCUAUUCCGGUUCAUACGAUGAGCACUAUAUCACUGCCGAUAUCAACUUUAAACCAACUGGAUAAGAUCGCUAGAGGCUUUAUAUGGGGAAGUAGUGAAGGGAACAGAAAGCAACACUUGGUGUCUUGGGACGUAAUUUGUAAGCCUAAAAAAGAAGGGGGACUUGGCAUUAGGUUGGCAAAGGAGAUGAAUAUUGCUUUACUAGCGAAACUUGGAUGGAGAUUGUUGACUACGGAGGAUGCUUUGUGGGUCAAGAUCCUGAGGAAAAAAUUUAAAGUAGGUGAGUUAUAUGAUCCAACAUGGCUGAUAGGUCAGGGGACUUGGUCACCGACUUGGAGAAGCAUAGCGGUGGGUAUCAGAGAUGUGAUUGUUCCGGGGACGCGUUGGAUCUUAGGGAAUGGUCGCAGGGUCCGGUUUUGGAAAGACAAAUGGUUGUUAGACGAACCUCUGCAGAACUUGAGUAUGGUGCACAUACCGGAGCUGAUACUAGAGGCAAGGGCUCGGGAUUUAUGGCACAGUGGAACUGGCUGGGUAACUCAAGUUAUCGAACCAUAUACAUCAAUACAUGACCGGUUAAGAUUGGCUGCAAUGGUUAUUGAUGAUGUUACUGGGGCCCGUGAUAGAAUGUCGUGGGGGGAGAGUAAGGAUGGUCUAUUCUCGGUUAAGUCUGCAUAUGCCUUUUUGACUAGAGAUAGAGUACCAAGACCGAAUAUGGAAGCUCUGUAUAAUCGCGUGUGGCGCCUAGUGGCUCCUGAACGAGUCCGUGUCUUCUUAUGGUUGGUGUCUCAUCAGGUUAUCAUGACAAAUAUGGAGAGGAAGCGUAGACACUUGAGUGAUAAUGGAGUGUGCAGUCUGUGUAAAAAUGGAGAUGAAACUAUCCUCCAUGUGCUUCGAGAUUGCCCGGCAGCAGCGGGAUUAUGGACGAAAAGUGUUAUGCCGAGUAGACAGCAUCGCUUCUUCAGCCUACCUCUUCUAGAGUGGCUCUAUGACAAUCUCGCGAGUGAUAGGUCAGGUAAUGGGAGCCAGUGGCCAACAAUCUUUGCAGUUACGGUGUGGUGGUGUUGGAAAUGGAGAUGUGGGUAUGUUUUCGGUGAUAUAGGGAAAUGUCGAGAUAGAGUGCAGUAUGUUAGAGAUAAAGCCCGAGAAGUGAUGGACGCGAACAAGAUCCUAAGUAAGAGAUCAGUUGCUGGGGGUCGGGUAGAGAAGCAGAUAGCAUGGAAGUGUCCUGAGAGUGGCUGGUAUAAACUAAAUACGGAUGGAGCAGCUCGAGGUAAUCCUGGUCUGGCUACUGCGGGAGGGGUUGUGCGGGGCGAGUACGGGACGUGGGAAGGGGGCUUUGCGGUUAACAUUGGUAUUUGCUCUGCUCCGUUAGCAGAAUUGUGGGGUGUGUACUAUGGCCUGUGCAUAGCAUGGGACCGUGGUAUUCGGCAGCUGGAGGUUGAAGUAGAUUCUGAAAGUGUGGUGGGCUUUCUUCAGACAGGGAUUCAUGAUGCACAUCCCUUGUCCUUCCUAGUACGUUUGUGCUAUGGCUUUGUUUCAAGAGACUGGUUAGUCAAAUUUUCUCACGUGUAUAGGGAGGCUAAUCGUCUAGCAGAUGAAUUAGCUAACUAUGCGUUUUCUUUACCGUUUGGUUUACACUAUUUUGAGUCGGCUCCAGAGCAUGUUGCUCCUGUUUUGUUGGAGGAUUGUAAUGGGAUGUCUAGAACUCGGCGGGUUUACCUGUAG